UCCUGCCUAUUUUAGUCUCUCUGUCAGCUGUGAGGAAUGUGCGGCGCACAUCGUGCAGCCCCCCAUCUACUGCUCCAGCCUUCAGUCACCACAAGCGUCUCUCGUCUCUUAUAAUUCUUCCUUCUUUGCUGUACCAUUUGCUGCUACUGAAUCGGUGACCCUGCUGCAGGAUGUCUUCUACCCCAGAGCUGCCCCCCCUCCUCUUCGCCACGCUGCCCCCCUUUCCUUCGGGCACUCCAGGAGUCCCGGCCGUGGAACUCAAUGUCACCUCCUGCCAGGAGUGGGAGCAGGCCCACCACCUUCUCUUCCAUCUGGGGAGCCUAUCCCUGCUGCUGGGUCUGGUCAUCCCCACCACCGUGGGCCUGCACAUGAUCCUGCUGCGCCUCCUUGUGAUGACAGGAUGUGGUCUCUUCAUUGUGUGGGCGACUCUGUACAGGUGCAACCUGGACGUGAUGGUUUGGAAUGUGGUAUUUCUGGUGGUCAACUUCAUGCAUUUGUUCUUCCUCCUGUACAAGCGCAGGCCAAUUAAGAUCGACAGAGAGCUGCGUUCAGUCUACAAGAGGAUGUUUGAGCCCCUCCAUGUGCAGGAGUCUCUGUUUCAGAGGCUCACAGGACAGUUCUGCACCAUCCAGACUUUGAAGAAAGGCCAGGCCUAUGCUGCAGAGGAUAAGACCUCUGUGGAUGAACGCCUCAGCAUUCUCCUCAAAGGAAAGAUGAAGGUAUCAUACCGAGGCCAUUUCCUCCACAACAUCUAUACCAAUUCAUUUAUUGAUUCUCCAGAGUUCAGGUCCACUGAGAUGCACAGAGGAGAGAAGUUUCAGGUGACCAUCAUGGCAGAGGAGCACUGUAAGUUCCUGUGUUGGUCUCGAGAGAGGCUCACCUACUUCCUGGAAUCAGACACUUUUCUCAAUGAGGUGUUCAGGUACCUCAUUGGCAAAGACAUCACCAACAAACUGUACUCUCUGAAUGACCCCACACUUAGUGACAAGGCAGUGAAGAAGAUGGACCGUCAGCCCAGCCUGUGCUCUCAACUGUCUAUGAUGCAGAUGAGAAACAGCAUGGCGAGCACCAGCGACACUGAUGAUGUCCUUAACCAGAUCCUACGAGGGGGAUCUGCUGGAUCUUCGAUCCAAAAAUCACCUGGCACCAGGACCUCCUCAAAGAUGAAGCCCAUAGAAGAAGGCAUGGAGGAUGACGUUUUUGAAGAAUCUGCUCCGUCCAAGUCUCCCCAUAUGCCCAGCACUUCCACUAAGGAAAUGUAGCCGGCAGGAGACGAAUACACAAGAACAACUGUCUAUUAUGUGCUGUAGGUCGGUUUAGUAACCUAACAAUUACAGCCUGAUCCAUACACGAUCAAGACGGACUUGAUCAGCCACACCAUCAUUUAGGAAGAGUAACUCCAUUACAUAGUUUGUCCACUAGAGAGCACUGGGUUUGUUUUUGCACUGUAAAAUGUUAUUACAUACCAUUUGUGAGCAGCUAAAUAGGAUGCAAAACAUAUAAUUGGCACAUUAUAAUCUGUUUGUACAGUUGCCCAUCUAAUUUACACAAUGCAACAUUAUCACCAAGAAGUUGUGUUUGUGUUAGUUUAAUAUUUACUGUCUUUUACCUCUGUUUUGGUCUCCAACUUGAUCAACCACUGAUUUGUGGUAAGGAGACACAUUAGUAGCAGUAUACAGUGUGUUUUUAGAGCUUUUACACUGAAAUCAGCUGCCUGGUGAAAAACUGAUGAGAAGGCUUACACUGAGAAAACUAUGAGCUAAAAUUCAUUAGAAAGCUGAGUAGAGCUGAGGAGAGAACCGCAGGGUUGGCAUUACACUCUGUGGGUUCAUCAUUAAGAGAUAUUGCAUUUAGUUAUGUGAUCUAUUGGUUAUGUAAAAUAUUGAUUAGAUUCUGAUAUCAGUAUAUCUUUGUGAGGAUUUUCUUUAGAUUUUUUUUGUUUUUUUACUUUGUUUUUUUCACAAGCAGUGCAGUGCAAUUGGAGUGAAAUGUCUUGUCCUAUACUAUUUGCUCUAUGUUUGUAAGCUUGGAUUCAGUUGUUGUGAAUUUAUUGUUGGAACCCAUAAAAAUAUAUGAGAUCAGU